GCCCAUCUAAAUCAAAUUAAUCGAAUUAGGUUAAAUUGUUAUAAAGCUCUAAACCUAAAUGUAAGGCAAUCGAUCGAAUUUGCCUAAGAAAUAGAGAGCUCUAAAACCCUGCGGCCCCUUUAAAAAGUCAAAAGUCAAAACCCUUCUCCUCCCUCUCCAAAGAAAAACAGCAACGCCAUUAACGCGGCGGUGCAGAGGUAAGCAAGCACAAAGCUGAGAUUUUGAAUCGAAAUCCAUAGUUCCUCCAGCUUCGCUUCGUUGCUGCCAUGACGCUGAUCUUCCGCAGGCUCUCGAAGACCUCUUCCUGUCGCCGCUACCCGCCUCCUCUGACCCACCAGCUCCGCCCCUCCUCCUUCGACGCCACCGCCGUCAAAUUCGUCCGCGAUCGGGGCCUCGACCACGCCGUCGAGAGGGAGAGAAACCUCCGGCCCCUCAUCAACCUAAAGAACCUCCUCAAAUCGGAGCCCUCCAAGUCCCUCCCCAUCUCCGUCAUUUCCCAGAAUAGGGACUCCCUCCGAAUCCCGAUUCGCCCGAUCGAGUUCGUCCGCAGGUACCCCUCGGUGUUUGAGGAAUUUAUGCCCGGCGGGGUUGCGGUCCAUCCCCACUUCAAGCUCAAGGACGAGGUGCUGGAGCUGGAUGCUGACGAACAGCUGAUUUAUCAGAGCGAGAGUUACAGGAAGGAUGCUGCGGAUAGGGUUUUGAAGCUGCUGAUGAUUUCGAGAGUCAACAAAGUCCCACUGGGUCUUCUGGAUCAGCUAAUGUGGGAUAUGGGUCUCCCUCGAGAUUUCGUUCAAAGCAUUGUCUCUGAUUUCCCCGACUAUUUCAGGGUUGCGGGCAAUGGGGAUUUUGGCUCAGAAUCGUGUAGGAGUGAUAAAGUUGGAGUCUUGGAGCUGGUGUGUUGGAGCAAUGAGCAUGCUGUCUCCGCCAUCGAAAAGAAAGGAACUCCGGUCGUGUUCCCCAUGAAUUUCUCGAAAGGGUUCGAGAUAGACAAGAAGUUCAAGAAAUGGGUCGAUGAGUGGCAGAGGCUGCCCUACGUUUCUCCAUACGAGGAUGGUUCCCAUUUGGGUCCUCAGACCGGCGAGUCUGAUAAGUGGGCGGCUGCAGUGCUACAUGAGCUGCUCAAUCUAUUUGUGUCUAAGAAAACUGAGAAGGACAAUGUGCUUUCUGUUGGAGAGUUUCUUGGGAUCAGGUCAAGGUUCAAAAUGGCUCUGCUUAAUCACCCGGGUAUAUUCUACUUGUCGAAAAAGCUAGGGACUUAUACCGUUGUUCUGAAGGGGGCUUUCAAAAGGGGUUCUCUAAUCGAGGAGCAUCCGAUAAUGGUAAUGAGGAGCAGGUACAUUCAUCUCAUGCACACAAUUAAGGAAGAGCAGAAAGUGGUUACUGCCCCUAGUUCGAGCAGUAAAAAACAGGACCAGAAGGUUUCCGGUUUGAAAGAACAUGCUGAAGACAAGGAUGAGAGUGAGGAAGAUAAUGGUGUGCAUAACCUGUCAAGUUCUGAACUUGAGGACGAUGACGAUGAUGAUUGUGAUGUUGAUGAGGAUGACAAUGAUCUCGAUGAGGAUGUAGGUGUUAGACAGGGUAGGACUUGUAGGAACGCCUCAGCAAGGAGAGGAAAAACAAGUUGGGAAAGAGAUUCAAAUUCGAGGAAUCGUCCUACUAGUCGUGCUGAGAGUAGAAUGGACAGAAGACAAUAUGGUGAGAGCGAUAAGAACGUCUCGACAAGAUCCUCUGGGACUGGGAGGCAGGAAGCACGGAGAGAUAAAACAAGUUGGGAAAGAGAUUCAAAUUCGAGGAAUCGUCCUACUGGUCGUGCUGAGAGAAGAAUGGACAGAAGACAAUUUGGUGAGAGCGAUAAUAACAUCUCGACAAGAUCCUCUGGGACUGGGAGGCAGGAAGCACGGAGAGGAAAAGCAAGUUGGGAAAGAGAUUCAAGUUCGAGGAAUCAUCCUACUAGUCGUGCUGAGAGAAGAAUGGACAGAAGACAAUUUGGUGAGAGCGAUAAGAAUGUCUCGACAAGAUCCUCUGGGACUUGGAGGCAGGAAGCACGGAGAGGUGAUAAGCCUCGAACAAGGUCGCAAGAGAGAUCGAAUGUCUCUACUACUAGAUCUAGAAGAAGCAGGGGUUUAUCACCGGCAUGAGCUUUUUGUUUCUGCUCAUCCCAUAGCUAGCUCCUCUGCUUUACUAGAUGGUAAUGUCUUGUCUGUAAUGGUUUUUACUCUUCUAAUGAUUAUUUAGUGCUUUGAGGGUUACUUAUUC